AUGUCCAAAAAAGUAGAAGAAUUUGAUACUUAUCUUAAUACCCAUAACUGGGAUGAUUCCACCAACUCGGGGUACAUUCCUGACCAGACUCAUAGUUAUCUUAGUACCCAUAACUGGGAUGAUUCCACCAACUCGGGGUACAUUCCUGACCCGACUCAUAGUUAUCUUAAUACCCAUAAAUGGGAUGAUUCCACCAACUCGGGGUACAUUCCUGACCAGACUCAUAGUUAUCUUAAUACCCAUAACUGGGAUGAUUCCAUCAACUCGGGGUACAUUCCUGACCAGACACAUAGUUAUCUUAAUACCCAUAACUGGGAUGAUUCCACCAACUUGGGGUACAUUCCUGACCAGACUCAUAGUUAUCUUAAUAACCAUAAUUGGGAUGAUUCCACCAAAUCGGGGUACAUUCCUGACCAGACUCAUAAUUAUCUUAAUACCCAUAAUGGGGAUGAUUCCACCAACUCGGGGUACAUUCCUGACCAGACUCAUAGUUAUCUUAAUACCCAUAACUGGGAUGAUUCCACCAACUCGGGGUACAUUUCUGACCAGACUCAUAGUUAUCUUAAUACCCAUAACUGGGAUGAUUCCAUCAACUCGGGGUACAUUCCUAAAAAGACACAUAGUUAUCUUAAUAGCCAUAACUGGGAUGAUUCCACCAACUCGGGGUACAUUCCUGACCAGACUCAUAGUUAUCUUAAUACCCAUAAUUGGGAUGAUUCCACCAACUCGGGGUACAUUCCUGACCAGACUCAUAAUUAUCUUAAUACCCAUAACUGGGAUGAUUCCACCAACUCGGGGUACAUUCCUGACCAGACUCAUAGUUAUCUUAAUACCCAUAACUGGGAUGAUUCCACCAACUCGGGGUACAUUCUUGAUCAGACUCAUAGUUCUCUUAAUACCCAUAACUGGGAUGAUUCCACCAACUCGGGGUACAUUCCUGGCCAGACUCAUAGUUAUCUUAAUACCCAUAACUGGGAUGAUUCUACCAACUCGGGCUACAUUCCUGACCAGACUCAUAGUUAUCUUAAUACCCAUAACUGGGAUGAUUACACCAACCUGGGGUACAUUCCUGACCAGACUCAUAGUUAUCUUAAUACCCAUAACUGGGAUGAUUUCACCAACUCGGGGUACAUUCCUGGCCAGACUCAUAGUUAUCUUAAUACCCAUAACUGGGAUGAUUCUCCUAACUUGGGCUACAUUCCUGACCAGACUCAUAGUUAUCUUAAUACCCAUAACUGGGAUGAUUCCACCACCUUGGGCUACAUUCCUGACCAGACUCAUAGUUAUCUUAAUAACCAUAACUGGGAUGAUUCCACCAACUCAGGGUAUAUUCCUGACCAGACUCAUACCAGCAUAUGCGAUAUGAGGUAUUAA